AUUUCAGAUGCGCACGUCAAUGUCAUUGCUGCGGAUGGCGCCGCAUUUACGGUUCAUUCGACACAUAUCGACUUCAUCUACCUUUAAGGUAACUUUAACUACUCCUUCAAAAGGGCAGUUUGAUGAGCGAGCAGUGAUAGUUACAGGCUCCUCCAAUGGCAUCGGACGGGCCACUGCACAGCUGUUUGCGCGAGAAGGAGCGUCAGUCACCUUGUGUGGCCGUAACGAGACAUCCUUGCAAGAAUCCAAGCGUCUAGUACUGGCUGAAAAUGGCAACAAAGAGGCAAAAGUUGUUCUUGUGCAAGGAGAUGUACGCAAGGAAGAUGUGAUGAAGAAAAUUAUUGAUGAAACAGUCAAGAAGUUCGGACACUUAGACGUACUGGUAAACAAUGCCGGUGGAAUGUCGACAACCACUCCUGUGUACCGCGAAAUAGAAGGCGAUUUGAGCAGGUUCGAUUAUGCAUGGGAAUUAAACACAAGAAGUGUACUGCGUCUUUGCCAGUUAGCACUUCCGCAUCUCGCAACGACAAAAGGAGAGAUUGUGAAUGUGAGCAGCAUUGCCGGACUCAAUAAUGGAGCGGGUAUACAUGGCCCGUUCUACAGCACAGCAAAAGCUGCUCAGGACCAGCUUACGAGAAAUCUCGCGCUUCAUUACAUCACCAAAGGAGUUCGUGUGAAUUCUGUAAAUCCUGGACUUAUCCACACUAGCAUCUAUCAGAAGCAUGGGUUAUCUGACGACAUGGUCAAGAAGUGUGAGGAUGCGGCUGUGUCCGACUUCAAGCGCGUUCCUUGUCAACGCAUCGGACAGCCUGAGGAAGUAGCAGAAGCGAUACUGUUCUUGGCUGACAGGAAGCGAUCAAGCUACAUUAUUGGUCACCAACUAGUCGUCGACGGUGGAUCAUCUUUAUACUUCCCGCUACAAGCAGAAGGUCCAGAAAUUCUCGCUGGCAUACUUGGACGGAGUAAUCCCAACAAAUAAAUGUAUAGCUCAUUCAAACUUGUAAACGAUUUCACGAGUAAAAUGGUUCAAUUUCGCAAUAAAAAAACUCGGCGGUGCCAAAUGAUAGGUUACGCGAGUUCUCGAUUAGGUUUCUUGAACAAUGAUGUAAAUUUGGUUGUACAAAGUUCGUC